AUGCAGCUCAAGUGGCUCACACUGGUGUGUUUGUCCUCCUGGCCAUCGGCCAGGGCUCUGUACAACCAAUCCACUGGCUUCCCUGAACAGGACCUCGACAAUGGUGUCGCAUUACAGCAAAUUGCCGACAAUGCCCUGAAUAACAUGGAGCAAGAGUCUCUGACAGCCAAUGGUUGUCGUUUGGAGGACGCUCAGAUCCGCAGAGAAUGGCGCAGCUUGUCUCCGAAUGCAAGAAAGGAAUUCACUGACGCUAUCACGUGCAUGCAGAGCCGUCCAACAAAUAUUUCUGCAGAGGAAAAGGAGACCUUUCAGGGAGUAAAAACUCGGUAUGAUGAGUUCGUAGCAACCCACAUCAAUCUAACGGAACACAUCCAUGUGACGGCUGAUUUUCUCGCGUGGCAUCGGUUCUUCAUUCACGCGUUUGAGAACGCCCUGAGGGUGGAGUGCAACUAUACCGGCACUCUUCCCUACUGGGAAUGGGGACUUGAUGCGGAGAACCCCCAAGACUCUGUCCUUUUCAAUGGUGAUCUUUACAGCAUGGGGACUAAUGGGGUAGAUCUGAACCGGACAAGCAUUUACUGGGCAUCUCAAAAUAUAACCAUUCCAGCCGGGACUGGGGGUGGGUGCGUAUAUGGGGGCCCUUUCUCCAAUUACACUGUGCACAUGGGCCCUAUUGAUGCUCCUGGAGAGCAACCGGUCCAAUACAACUUGGAGUAUAAUCCACGCUGCUUAUCGCGAGAUGUGAAUCCCUCCGUGUCUCGGAUGUCUAACUCCUUUCGCAACACUACGAAAUUGAUUCUCUCGUACGAUACGAUUGAUUGGUUUCAGGGUGUCAUGCAGGCAGAUCAACGUUUCACUGAUCCCACUGCUCCUUUCAGUUAUGGAGUCCAUGGUGGAGGCCAUCUCACUGUUGGAAGUGUCUUGGCAGACAUAGAUACCAGUCCGGCCGAGCCGAUGUUCUGGCUUCAUCAUGCCCAGAUUGACCGUGUUUGGACCAUCUGGCAAGGGCUGGAUCCUGCGAAAAGAAGAAACGCGAUCUGGGGCACUUCAACCCGAGGCGAUGACCCACCUUCUGCAAACAUGACGUUGGACGAUUCGCUUAAUUUUGGGUUUAUCUCUCAGCCGCUGAGAUUUGCCGAUCUGAUGAACCCUCUGUCUGGACCGUUCUGCUACUACUACGCAUAG